AUGUCCUCCAACGAGCCCGCCAUCAAGGCCGCGAUCCUGAUCGACUCACUCAGCCUGCGCCGCGUGGUCUCUCUGCUGCAGACGCUGCUGACGAUCAAGUUCCUCCACGCGGUGCUCGACGUGUUCCGGGUGGACCGCACGACGGAGGAAUAUCCCAACAGCCGCAUUGCGCAGACCCUGGAGCGCAAAGAGCAACACCUGAUCAACAUCCUCCUCAUCCUCGUCCCCGAAGAGCUCUACCUGCCGGGUCCCAUCUCUCUCUCCCACCCCGGGGGAUCCGCCGGCCGACGAUGCAUCCUCUCCAACACCAGUUCGGACCUGCUCCCCACCACGCGCGGCAGCGCAUCCACCAACAUGACGCUCCCGCUGAUGCCGGUGCCCACGCGCGUCUCGCCGAUGGUGCACCUGUCCAACUGCAUCUCGCACCGCAGCGUGGACGUGGAGAUCGCCAACGCGGCUGUGCUGGGGCCGGGCACCGAGUUCGAAGACACGGGCGCGCAGCGGCUGGGCCAUCGGCCGCUGGUCAGCGACUCGGUCUACUCGUCGGUCAUCCGCAGGAGCCUGUCGAUCAGUGGUCCGAGUUCGAUCUCCGCGAGCCAGCGACAGAGCCUGCUCUCCGGGAUGCGGCUGUCCGGGCUGAUGUCGGAGGUGUCGGCUGGCCCCGUGGUGGUCGAUAUCGAGAAGCUGCAGCGCUCGCGAUCGGCAGACAGCUAUCCGGGCAAGUUUCCCAUCAGCGAGGGCCUGGAGUUCAGUGCGUUGGCGUCGGCGGCGCCGCGGGUCAAUCAGGGGGGGAGCGAAACUGCCGUCGUCAGGGCUUCGGUGAGGCCGACCGAGGUAUAG